AUGUCGUCUUCUUCAGUUGAUCCAAAUGAAAUUUUACCUGUAGUUAAAUUUACUGGUAAUUCUCCUCGUGAUAUUGGCCAUCAACAUGGUUUGUUAUUGAAAGAUCGUAUUCAUUUAACAAUUGAUUUUUAUAAAAAACACUUUUUAACGUAUAAAUCCUAUAGUGAACAAUUUCUAUUUUCCAAAUGCGAACACUAUCGAUCAAUUAUAUCUCAAUAUAAUGCAUCUUACAUCGAUGAAUUAGAUGCUAUUUCAAUUAGUUCUAAUGUUCAUCCACUAUGGAUUAUAGCAUUAAAUAUACGAUCAGAAAUUAUAAAUCAUUUACUAUUAGAAACGAAUGAAUGUACAGCAUUAUAUUCAAAAACAGAUCGAUUAUUAGGUCAAAAUUGGGACUGGGCAGAAGAAUUUGAACAUUUAGCGUUUAUUAAUUAUUUAAAUUCGGAUAUUCUACAAUUGACAGAACCAGGUGUAUUAGGAAAAAUUGGUUUUAAUUCAUCUGGAAUUGGUGUGUGUUUAAACUUUGUUCAACCAGUUACAGUUGUCAAUGAUUCAAUACCUCUACAUAUUCUAUUGCGAUCAAUCUUAGAUUCGUCAAUAACGAUUCAAAACGCAGUUGAAAUAUUAAAAUUAAAUGGAACAGGUUGUGGAGGUAAUAUUCUGAUUGGUGAUGAUAAAGGAAAUUGUGUUGAUGUUGAAUUAACUGGUAAUAGUGUAAAUGUAAUCGAUAAUCAAAUGUUACAUACAAAUCAUUUUUUAUCAACUGAAAACAAUCAUAUUUCGGACGGAAAUAGAUUAAAUAACUCUUUGACUCGUUUUAAACGAGCGCAAUAUCUACUAGAUAAAAAUACACCAAUGAAAUCUAUUCUAUUAGAUUGUGAUGAAGAAGAAGCUUAUCCCAUUCUUCGUCCAUAUAAAAAAGAAUUUAUUGGUAAUGCUGGAACUUGUACCAGUUUGAUAAUGAAAUUAGACGAAAGAAAAUUAUUUAUAACAAAAGGUAACCCGUUGAAAAACAAUCAUUAUUAUGAAUAUCAAUUGUAA